GCUGAUGGUCAAAGCAGGCGGUGGCGUGGUGUGGCUGCCUUAUAGAGAAAGGAAGGGCGGGAGAGAAAAGUAGAAGACAGAGCGAAACUUCGUCUGGCGAUUGCCUUCUCUUCUCAAGCAGCUUCUUGAAUUUUCAGAGACGACCUCCUUCUCUCUGUGGCCCCGCCAUUACUGUGUCGCCCGUAUAACAGGCCGAGGGUGCUGGGCCUCCACUUUUCCCUUUCUCUUCCUCUAUAAUUUGGUUUGCUUCGAUCAACACGAUACCCGGCGAGAGGAGGGUGGUGGCCGCGCUGUUGCAUGAGAGUUGGGAGGAGGUGGUUUGGUUCCGCAACGGCCAGGAUGGCGGAGGAGGUAACCAGAAGCGUCGAAGCGCCUGCGCAGAGGUCGCGUUCUCUCUGGCCGUCUAUUCUCAGAUGGGUUCCCACGUCUACCGAUCAUAUCAUUGCAUCCGAGAAGCGCCUCCUUUCACUUGUCAAGACUGGGUAUACACAGGAGCAGAUUAAUAUUGGGUCAGGGCCUCCCGGUUCAAAAACCAGGUGGUUUGGAUCUACGAGCAAUGAGCCCAGGUUCAUUAACACAGUUACGUUCGAUAGUAAGGAGAAUUCACCCACCAUUGUUAUGGUUCACGGUUACGGCGCUUCUCAGGGAUUCUUCUUUCGCAAUUUUGACGCUCUUGGGAACCAUUUCAGGGUCAUUGCAAUUGAUCAACUUGGAUGGGGUGGAUCAAGUCGGCCAGAUUUCACAUGUAAAAGCACAGAAGAAACAGAAGCAUGGUAUAUUGACUCCUUUGAAGAAUGGCGUAAAGCGAAAAACCUUAGCAACAUUAUUCUUUUGGGACAUUCCUUUGGCGGUUAUGUUGCAGCAAAAUAUGCUCUUAAGCAUCCAGAACACAUCCAACACCUAAUUUUGGUUGGUCCAGCUGGAUUUUCAUCAGAAUCCGACCCUAAGUCUGAAUGGUUUGUGAAAUUUAGGGCAACAUGGAAAGGUGCUGUCUUGAAUCAUCUAUGGGAGUCUAACUUUACCCCUCAAAAACUUGUCAGAGGCUUGGGUCCUUGGGGUCCUGACCUUGUUCGCAGGUAUACAACCGCAAGGUUUGGCAGCUAUUCCACAGGUUCUACCUUAAAUGAAGAGGAAUCACGAUUACUAACUGAUUACUUCUACCAUACUUGUGCUGCAAAAGCUAGUGGAGAAUUGUGUCUGAAGCAUAUAUUUGCUUUUGGAGCAUUUACACGGGUUCCCCUCUUGCAACGGGCAUCAGAGUGGAAAGUCCCAACUACCUUCAUCUAUGGCGUCCAUGACUGGAUGAACUACACGGGUGCUGUGGAAGCUCGCAGGCAUAUGAAGGUUCCUUGCGAAAUCAUACGAGUUCCUCAGGCUGGACAUUUCGCGUUCAUCGACAACCCUUCCGCCUUCCAUUCAGCCGUCUUAUACGCCUGCCGUAGUUUCCUUUCACAGAGCCAAUCAGUGGUGGAUGAGGAGGCGCUCCCGGACGUCUUCACUCUCGUCUGAGGGGGCCAACGCAGCGUCGCCAUAAUUCCACGGUUCAUCUCCCUCCGUCAUCCCGUCUGGACAGCCAUCCAUACCUCCGUGUGUGUGUACAGUGUUACGUAAAAGUAAAAAAUUAUCUUAUUAUAACAGAGCAGUUGUGUCGUUUCACAGCAGCCAGGUUGCUUUGAAUCACAACGCAUUAUUUGGUUUGUUUUAUUUCAAUAAGAUAUUCACGAAGUUUA